UAUGACCCUGUCGUGCAUCACAUCCAGUCACAUUUAUCGUCUUUUGUCUUGGUCUUGGUCUUGGUUUUUGAGACGAACACAGACAUGCGCUGAAUUUGAUGCGUCGUUGUUCUUCCACGGCGCAUCGAAGCUGGUUCAGCGCGAGAUCGAUCAGGGCCUAGCCUGUCCCGCCCUGACGUUAGAGUCAGUGAUAUCUCGAGAAGCUACCUCCUCCUGCUGAGGAGAGAGUGAAGCCACAACAGGCGCCAUGGCCGACGACACGCCACAUCACACGAACUCGCCUGACCACGCGCAGCAACCGGACCGCCCCACGAACGGCCCCUCCCCCGCAUCUGGUCCCACACCGAACCUACGAUCAUGCGUCACUUGUCGCCGAAGAAAAGUCAAGUGCGAUAAGAAGCUCCCCUGCUCAAAUUGCGUGCGCGGUAGAAUUGAGUGUGUCUUUCCUGGCCCUGGUCGCGCGCCGAGAAGGAGCCGAAAACCGCAAGACAGCGAACUCCUCGAGAGACUCAGGCGCUUAGAGGGUGUGGUAUCGAGCUUGAAUGCCCAAGUCGAGGGACACGAACAAGAAGCUGCCGAGCAGGGCAGGCAUACACCACAGAGCAGCACACGCGAGCAGCAGAGUGCUUAUCACGAACAUGGCAGUACACAUGGCAGCCCGAACACGGAGGUCGAUGCGAGCGUAGAUGCACUAGCAACUCGCUUUGAUAGGUUGGUGGUCGAGAAGGGCAGAAGUCGGUACAUUGCGAACGGCUUAUGGACGAGUCUGAAUAACGAGGUGGAAGACCUCAAGGCGAUUCUGGUUGAGCCAUCCGAUGACGAAGACGACGCCAACACCCCAGACGCAUCCCACCACUCGUCGCAACACCAAGGUUUCAUCUUUGGCUACAGCUCUACAAAUGUCGAUUUGAGUUUGCUGCGUCCUCCACCCGACCAAGCAUGUCAGUUCUGGGAGAUAUACAAAGAGAGAGUCGAGCCGUUGCUCAGGGUGUUGCACGUCCCCACCUUCGAGCGUACUUUACACGAUGCUGUAUUGCAUCCUAACAAGAUCAGUAAAGCUCUGGAAACCCUCUUGUUUGUGGUGUACUAUGGUGCCAUUACAAGCUCGACUGAUGUAGAAUGCAUGGACAAAUGGGGAAAAGAUCGAAAGACCCUUCUCAACCAAUAUCGCUUCGGACUCGAGCAGGCGCUGGCCAGGGCGAAUUUUUUGUAUUGUAAUGAACUGGUUGUUCUACAGGCCUAUGUCAUCUUCCUGGCGCUACUUCGAGGAAACGACGACCCCCGGUUGCUUUGGACCUUGGUCGGCCUGGCUACACGCAUUGCGCAAACCCUCGGUAUCCAUAGAGACGGCACCCAGUUCCAGCUCCCGCCUUUUGAGGUCGAAAUGCGCAGACGGCUAUGGUGGCAGAUCUGCUCUCUUGAUGGGCGGUCAACUGAAGAUCAUGGCAUUAGUUCCAUGUUCUUUGAAAUGAAGUUUGACGCCAAGAUGCCUCUUAAUAUCAACGACUCCGACCUUGAUCCGGAUAUGGUUGACUUCCCUGAAGAACGGCAAGGCUUCACAGACAUGUCGUUGUGUCUAUUGCGCUAUGAUGCCUUUGUGCUGGUGCGUCGCAUACUGUCCAUGUCGAGUGAGACCGGCAAAGCUGCGGAUGUCGCUCUUGCAGAUAAGGAAAAGUACAUCAAUGACUGCCUCCAAAAGAUGGAGAUCAAGUAUUUUAAAGACUCUGAUAUGUCUGACCCUAUAUGCUGGGUAACUGCUACGUUGAUGCGUCUGGUAUUUAGUAAACUUUGGUUAAUGGGUUUUCAUCCACCUCUGCGAAAAGAUGAUGGUUCAUCCCACUCCCAAGAAACGAAGGACAAGCUCUUCAUAACCUCUCUGGAGGUGAUGGAGUGCUCUAUACUCUUAGAAUCCGAAUCGAAAACCAUGAAAUGGAGCUGGCACUUUAACACCUGGAUCCAAUGGCAUGCUAUCGCGUUCCUGCUGUCUGAGUUGUCCAUCCGAACCAGGGGUGCAGCUGUAGAAAGAGCGUGGCGCGCCCUCGAAGCAACCGCUCAUCAAUGGUGGUGUUCGCCAAAUGACUGCUCGUCGACCCGCAAGCAAGGACUGGUGUGGAAACCCAUAAAGAGACUGAUGAUGAAAGCCCGGGCAGCGAGAGAGAGGGAGCUCGCACUCGAACGGGCAAGCCAGGAACUGAAAAACGGCCCGCUCUUGUUCCAACACGUAUCCAGCGAGGGCUCGACGUACGCACUUCCAACUUCGACAGAGCAACCCAGCCCAGAAAAUCUGGAUAGCCUGCUCAAACCGCUGGCACCUAGGCUGGGUGAAAACUCGGCUGCAACACCCCUGAGCUGGUCGGCUCAUAUCCUGACUACGGGUGCACCUGAACAGAUCAACAUGACCAACGACGCAAACACGAACAAUAUCAACCAUCACCCAACCUUCCCCGAUGUACUCAACUUCAACCUCGACAGUAUAGGCGUCAACCCCAUGGACGACAUGACACUCGACGGCACAUGCAUAACCAAUCCGAUGAACCGCUACCCGCCUCUCGCCCCAGCAAUGUCCCACAACACAUACCCCGCAAACAUGAACGGCAUGAACGACGCGAAUCUGCCGAACAACAUGAACAACAGUAUGAACGGCAUGAACGGCAUGACCUUCCCACCCGCCAUGAACACCGCCUUCCCCAUAUACGGCAGCAACGUCUUCCCCGCCAUGGACGACACGUCCCCCACCAUGAACGAGCUCGACUCGCCGAUCAUGGAGGACGAGAGUAUGGGCUGGACGGCUUGGGAUGAUAUGCUGAAUCAGCUGGGGAUUGAGGGGCAGGGCGGGAGUGGCGGGCUUGUGUCGUGGAUAUAGUGUGGGUUGGUGAUGGGUGGGAUGGGAUGUGACUCGACUCAAUCUUAUGCUUGGCGAUGGAUAGAUGGUGGAUUUUUUAUACCCUUGUAGCGGCGUGUAGUGGAGUAGAAGUAGAAGUAGAAGUAUGGAGAUGUGGAGAUGUGGAGAUGGAGAUGUAUAACAUGUACGACCAAUAUCCCCCUCUUGUAUACUGGAAUACAGUACAAUACGAUAGAACAGACCUCAUCUCCACAAAGCUCGCAAUAAACACCAC